GAAAAAUUUGGAUUAUUGGAAAUGUUGUAUGAAUUGCUUAGAAUGUCCUUAAAUAUUGUUGGUAGGGGCAUGGGUUAGUAUGUGAAUGUAUAAGCGUCGAUUUUGGCUUGAAGGUAAGUUGUCGAAUUGAAUUUAUGUAAGUUGUUGAAUAGUGGAAAAAGAAAGCUAUUGUUGUUGUAUUGCUUUCCGAAUUAGUUGUUGAUGUUGUUAGGUUGGUUGUUGCUGUUGUUGUUGAUUGAUAUGGCCGAGUUAAAUUCUCGGGGUAGCCUAUUUACAGGGGAAAUGCCGCCCAAAUUUCCGUAGAGUUAAGGGCGAAAUUGGAAUUUAAUGCCCAAAAAGUCUUUAGCUAAUGUUUGGCAUUUUAUGGCUUGUUUGUAGACCUUGGGCAGCCCGAAUCAUAGUUUGGACUUAGCUGGAGUUGGAUCAUAUUGGAGAGCGUUUGAGGUACAGACGCACAGCCUGGUGAUCCACCUGUUUAGGACACCCUUUCUGCUAUUCGGAGUGCUCCUCUCUUUCCGGAGCUUAUACUUUUGGUAUAUAUAUUUAUUAGUGCAUUUGUAUAUAUUCGUUCAUGGGUACGGCGGGGCCCUGUCCCGUCAUAUGAUUCUGUCGGUCUGUUUAGAGGUCUGUGGACAUGUUUGUGGGUUAGGGUCUUUCUGUAUGGAUGUAUGUACAUGUCGUUUGGGUGAUCCCAUACGCCGAGGCGGCCGGUCCGCAUAUGUUGUUUGGGCGAUCCUAUACGCCGAGGCGGCCGGUCCGCAUAUGUUUAUAUCUUGCUUGGUUAGCCCUGUGUGGCUUUUGUUGGUAUUUUCUGCGUGCAGGGUAUAUUGGAUAGUCCGUAAAACAAAGGAAACUCUGCCGAAAUUUUUCUGGAAAUUACUUAAAUUUGAAAUAAAGCCUUGUCGGCUUCCGCCAUAUACUAGAAUGAGUUGAUGGAAUUUGAGAUAAUACUUAAUAGAUGGGUUCGGGUGCUCAGAUCGGGCACUAGUCACGGCCUACGGGGUUGGGUCGUGACAGCCAUUUCCAGCUGAACUGUGCAGCAUAGGAAGAUUAGUUCUACUGGACUUGGGAGAAAACAGACAAUCAGGAUCAAUACCCUCAUGUAUCGGAAAUCUGACUGAAUUAACAGAAAUGUCAAUAGGUGCUAACAAUUUCAACUCAAAGUUACCUUCAAGUUCCUGGAGAUUAAUUAAACUUGACCAUUUGAACUUAUCCAAAAACCUGCUGCAUGGUUUCUUACCUUCUAAUGUGGAAGCCCUGAAAGCAAUGAACAUCAUGGGCCUCUCUUUUAAUAAGUUUAUUGGUGAAAUAACCUAUUCCGUAGGGUCCCUCCAAAAUCUAGUUUCACUAGAUAUGUCGAGAAAUGCAUUCCAAGGUCCCAUACCGGACACAUUUAGAAAUCUAAUAGUUCUUGAGUAUUUGGAUUUGUCUAAUAAUUCUCUAUCUGGUACGAUUCCAAAAUCUCUCGAGCUAUUGCGAGAUCUCAAGUAUAUCAAUGUUUCUUUCAACAACUUGCAAGGAGAAGUUCCAAAGAAUGGGGUAUUUGCAAAUAUUAAUUACCGGUUCUUGAUGGGAAAUCCAGAACUUUGUGGACUACCGGACUUACAUAUUCUUUUAUGUCCAGCUCAAGGCAGCUCGAGAACAAGAAAGAAGUCCCUUAUCCUUAGAAUAACAGUGACUCUUGUUGCAACAUGUCUGAUAUUUGUCAUGUUGUUUUUCACAUGGAUGAUUUGGUCAAGGAAAAAACAAGUGAUUGGAAACAAUGGAUUGGAUUCCCUCCCUAGAAUGGGACAUCAAAAAAUCACUUAUUAUGAGCUUCUCCAAGCUACAGAAAAUUUCAGUCACUCCAACCUAGUAGGAAGUGGAAGUUCCGGUACAGUCCACAAAGGUACCUUUUCUAGCGGUACUGUCUUCGCAAUCAAAGUUUUCGAUAUGCAAUGGCAAGGGGGUUUAAGAAGAUUUGAUUCAGAAUGUCAAAUUUUGAGCAAUGUAAGACACAGGAACUUGGUAAAGAUAGUGUCGACUUGCUCAAAUAAGGAUUCCGUGGCAAUGGUGUUGGAGUACAUGCCGAAUGGAAGCUUAGACAAAAGAUUAUACUCCAAUAGAAAUUGCUUGAGCCUGGUUGAAAGACUCAAUAUAAUGAUCGACGUAGCACUGGCGAUGGAGUAUCUUCAUCUUGAUUAUGCAGUGCCUAUUGUGCACCGUGAUCUAAAGCCGGCUAACGUGCUUCUUGAUCAGGAUUUGACUGCUCAUGCAGCAGAUUUUGGAAUUGCAAAAAUGUUGGCACAAGACGGAAACAUUGCUCAAACCAAGACUCUUGGAACUAUUGGUUAUAUUGCUCCAGAAUAUGGUUUAGAUGGGCAAGAUUCCACCAGCAGUGAUGUUUAUAGCUUUGGGGUUUUGUUGCUUGAGACACUCACAAUAAAGAAGCCUACGGAUGACAUGUUUAGAGGAGACUUAAGUUUGCAUAAAUGGGUAUCUCUCUCAUUUCCCGAUGCUGUCAUUGACAUUCUGGAUGCAGACCUUGUUAGGGACAUUGGCUUUACAAGAGGUUAAAAUCAUGAAAAUCAAACCAAAAUCAAACAGUUUUUGGUUUUGAUCAUAAAUGUGGCGUUCCUAUGUUUGAAAGAGUUACCAGAGGAAAGGAUAAACAUUAGAGAGGUUAUGGUGCAGCUAAAGAAGAUAAGAGCUGAAUUAACCAAGCUUUGAUGAAUCCUCAUACAAAAUCAGAGAAAGAGGAUUGAUGCAGCAACAAGCAGAUGCAGUUUUUCGAUAUCCUACGUAUGCAUAUAGUAGGAUAAGCUUUUCAUCAACUUGUUGAGAAUAUAAUUAAGUAAAUAAAGUGUGCUCUCUCUAAUAACUUAAGCUUUUAGAUGAGAUGGUCACACACUUCGUUAUAACUCACAUCUAAUGUUGUACCUACAAGUCCUUUUCUAUAUGAAGCCAUGUUUUUAUCCACAUCUCAAUUCUCUGCCAAAAGAGUGAUUCAUUCAGUUACUAGUCAUGUUAGGUAUUCUCUGUUUCUUCUUAUGUUUGAUCAAUUUUUCGGUUGAUUGUGCUACAUUCUGUGCUCAAUGAUUUCAAGGUGGAAGGGCAUGGAGGCCUGCCAAAUCAUUAAGGUGGGGAGUAAGCUCGCUAAACGGUUCACCAGGAAGCCAUCUAUUCUUUUCCGUUCUGAAGGUUACAUGAUUACAUAGCUGCAUUUUUUCAAUAACUUGGCAACUUACCCAAGAGUUAAUUUUGGAACAGUUGUAUUUGAGUUUUAAGAUAAUUAUUAGGUACAUGCACCUGUAGUGAAUGUUAGACACAUUGUUAAGCGAUGCUUA